AUGCACUUCAUGCUCGCCGCUUUCAAGAGCACCAGCGCCUACCGCGUCAUCCGCAAGCUGACCCAUGCUAGCUCCCGCAUACGCAGGGAACUCUCUGUGAAAGCUGUGGAGAACUUGCUCGAUCGUCUGGAGCUAAAUGUUCCAGGAGAGCUGUCAUUCAGGCAGGAGGCCUCCACGAUCCGGUGGCUGAAGUACGAGCAGCAGUGUGGAGCUAAGAUGUUUUCCGUGGCUGCGCAGCAGGACGACCGAGCAGCGGGGAAGUUGGGCUUCGUCCAGGGCUCCGUAGGAGCUGCCAUCGGCGGGUCCUGCGCUCAUCCGUUGGACUUGAUCAAGGCGACGGGCGGGACUCGAAGGAAUUGGUCUAUGACCAUGACUCUGAGUAUUUCUAGCAUUAGCACCAUAAAUAAAUCUCACAGCUAA